GUAUAUCCUAUUUUCAAGAAGUAAUAUUGAACUCAUGGUUUUUGUUGUUGUUGUUUUGUUUGUUUGUUUUACCCCCAUGGCACAGUGAGAGCAGUUAGGUAUAUGGAUGGACUAGAAGUGGCCUGCCUACUGUCAGAUGUCAAAUGCACACAGCAAAAGAGGCGACUCAAAUAGAAUGGGGUAUGUACCCACCCACCGUGAAUGAAGGAAUUCAGAACAAUAUGAAUGAAGCAUACACAAGGGAAAGCCCUACCAAGUUGGGGAAGGGGAGGUAUAGAUUCCCAGAAGUAAGCCUGAGCUGAAAGCUUAUUGGGGGAGGGGAGCGUGUUUGGUUUUUGUUUGUUUGUUUUUGUUUGUUUGUUUGUUUGUUUCGAGACAGGGUUUCUCUGUAUAGCCCUGGCUGUCCUGGAACUCACUCUGUAGACCAGGCUGGCCUCGAACUCAGAAAUCCGCCUGCCUCUGCCUCCCAGAGUGCUGGGAUUACAGGCGUGUGCCACCACUGCCCGGCGGGGAGCAUGUUUAAUGUAGGUAAAAAGGAUUAAAAAGACAGAAGGAACAGUGUUCAUCAUAAAAUCAUAGUGAAAAAAAGUUAUGUUUGACUGGUUGAAUGCAGUUGGCAGGAGAGUGAAUAGCAGGUGACACUAUACAGUUAAAAAGGGGGCUGGCCCAAAUAGAGUAUUGUAACCAUUUAAUAGCCUAAACCUUAUUCUGAGGAUAUAGAAAGCCACUAAAUAUCCAGUAUUACUUAAAGAGAACGUAAAGAGGUCUCAAAAUGUAAAAUGAAAAACUUUGAAUUCAUUUGGGAAAAAAGCUACUUUGUUGAUUUGGUAAGGGGCUUUUUGUUCUUGACAAUCCUGAUCAGAUGGCCUUCAGAAAAAUCAACUUUCUGCCCAAGAUCACAUUUGAAAAGAAGAUGUAGCACCCUAACAUUGAUGAGACGGGGCAUGUGUAUCUGGCAGUAGUUAGCUGGAAACUGAAAAACAGCCACCAAGAAUGACCAAGUAUUCCAUUUCCUCAUAGUACUGGUGGAUGAUUCCCAUCCUAAGAACCCACCCUGGGCUGACCUAGCUAAAGAAUACUCAAAAGACCAUAACAAAUACGUAAGAAUACUCAAGAAUUUGCAAAGAAAUAUGUGGGAAAGUGACCUAUAAACUCUGCCAUGAGUGGUCUCAGCAAGUUCGAGCACAGACCCCAAUCAGUACACAUACUCAAAAAGGAGAACUCUCUGGGAAGCUGGCUUGUACCACCACCUAUUGUUUGUGGCAGCUGCUAAGUUUGUAGUUUUCUUAGUCAAAGGUGGUCUAGUUAACUUGUAAAAUUGGACUCAGCAGUCCAGGUGAUCUGGGCUGCAGAGAUAGCUCAGUUAAGAGUACUGACUGUUCUUCAGGAGAUCCUGAGUUCAAUUCCGAGCAAGCAGAUGGUGACUCGUAAUUAUCUGUAAUUGGGUCCAGUGUCCUAUUCCGAUAUAUCUGAAGACAGCUACAGUGUACUCAUAUACAUAAAAUAAAUAAAUCUUAAAAAGAAAAAUCCAAGUGUUCUAACAGAAACCACUAAGAUAUUUAAAUUUGGAAGACAAUAUAAUUUGUUUUCAAUAACCACUUUCCUAUGGAAGAAGGAUUAGUCACGAACAAGGUUGAUGACAAGGAAAUCUGAUAAAAGACUGCUUGCAGUACAAGGGACAAAAGGAGGCAGUGGUCUGAACUGGAAACUGGCAGUGAAGAUGAAAAGUAACAGACUGAUUCAGAAAUCAGCAGGACUUAGGGACUGAUCAAAUGGCCAAAAAAUAAAAUAAAAUAAAAAUCAAACCAGCCCUAUUUUUCUGUCCCUGACAACUGAGCGGAUGUCUGUCCUUCUGGCUAUGGCCAGUCUCACCGCUAAGCACUAGGCCUGUUGGCUUUCUGGGUCCACACACCAAAGUCAUCAUGCUGUUUGGUGACAUCAUGCACAUGCCUUCACAAAGGUAGAUGAUGUGGGGCAGUCACCUACAAUCCCAUCCUUCCCUGCUCUAGUAUUGGGUUUGUCUGCCUGUGAAAAGGCAGUUGGGUUGUGUCUCUCGAGCCAUGGCCGUCUGUCUGUGGUGAUCUGUAUACCUUUGUUUGGAGAACUGGAAAGAUCAGGUUUGGAGACAUCAUUAAGGAACAUGGAGCUGCCAUGUAAGAAUCACCGUUAUUCUCUGAGAAUUUCCAGCAAGUCACUGUAUUCACCAUCAAGUUACACGUCGAUAAUACAGAGACAAAACCUUGUCUGUUACCUCAGAAACCCGCACUAUGGCAGCCUUAUUUAUGCUGAUGGUCAUGGCGAAGUAUGGACAGACUGGAAUGACAUGUCCAAGUUUCUUCAGUACGGAUGGAGAUGCACCACUAAUGAGAACUCAUACUCAAACCGUACCCUGGUAGGCAACUGGAACCAAGAAAGAUACGACCUAAAGAAUAUAGUAAAGCCUAAACCCUUGCCUUCCCAGUUUGGACACUGCUUCGAAACAACAUAUGAUGCAAACUACAACAGGAAGAAGCCACAAUCAGCACAUAGAUUUAAACGAGAGCCUCAUUGGUUUCCUGGACAUCAGCCUGAGCUUGAUCCUCCUCACUACAAAUGCACAGAAAAGUCAACUUAUAUGAAUAGCUACUCAAAGCCUCAACCCACUCAUUACUCUUUGUGUGUUUAUGAUCCAAACAUGGACCAAUGUUAGGAUCCGGGAAUCUAAAAAAGAAAAAGUAGCUUCAUUUUUUUCCUGGAGUAGACUGUAGAAAGGAGCACAUUCUAAGCAGACUCAAACUUCACUCUUAACAUGAUUUCUGUCUAAAUAAAGCACAGCACACACACACCCAAAAAAAAAUCUCUAUUUUUGUUUACUCUGUCCUGAUGAAUUUUUAUUAGCUUAACACAAACCUAAACAUAUCUAGGAAGAGGGAGUCUUAAUUGAGAAAUUAUCUCCAUUUGAUUGGCCUGUAGGCAAGCCUAUAAUUAAUGUAUUUUCUUGAUUAAUGAUUGACGUAGGAGGGAUCAAUGUAGGAGGGGCAGUGGUGCUGCUGGGCUGGUGGUCCUGGGUGCUAGAGGAAAGCAGGCUGAGCAAAGCCAUGAAGAACAAGCAGGAAGGAAGCAGCACUUUACGGCCUCUACAUCAUCAUCUGCUCUCAGUCUCCUGUCUUGAGUUCCUGCCCUAACUUUCCUGGAUAAUGGACUUAAAAGCUCUAAACUGAAAUAAAUUCUUUCCGACCCAA